CCACAAGCGAGCGGAGGGGAGAGGGAGCCGUUGUCCGCAGCAGCAGGAGGUGGUGCAGCCGUGUGGUUCCUGGACGUCCGGAGACGGGAGCACACAACUCACGACUCUUCUGCUGGAGGGAAGGAGAAGAGACGGGGGUACUGCCGAGGAUAUACAGAGGACUGUGCAGAGACACACACACACACACAUAGAAACGCAGUCGCACACACACACGCACACCCCUGCUCCUCUGCUGAGACUCUUGACAGGUAUUCACACACACACACACACACACACACACACACACAAAGAUUCUUUCUCAAACACACAUACACGCACGUAGACCGAAACACAGACAAACAAACUCGAUCACACACACACACACACUUACAAACACACACACACACACACACACAGCCUCCGUCCCCUGUGAGGGGGGCUGUCAUGGACCGGGACAGCCAGAGCGAGGACUCCCUCUCCACCCUGGUUCUGGAGGACAUCAAGAACCAACUGAUCAACGCCUUCAGGGCCAUCGGGGCCAACCAGAGUGGCCACAAGGAGGAGCCCUGCGCACCAAUUGGCUGUCUCAGUCUGGGCGGGAACCAGCAGGCCAAUGAGGAGCUCCGCAGAGCCAAGAUAGAUGGAGCCAUCACCUGGCUACGGUCCGAGCUGCUCGAGAUGCGUUCCCAGGACCAGCAGCUGGCCCGCACCCUGCUGGGCCUCAACUCUGAGAUGCAAAGGGUGAGGCGAGAGAGCUACGGAGGUCUGGAGGUGGAGGGGGACGACCAGCCCUGACCCUGCCACAGCGCGACGCACCGACGGCGGGGAGAGAGAGGGGCCGAACCACCACCACGUAGGACUACCAUGGUACCCUCUCUCUGAUGCCGGAGACAAAUUUGAAAGAUGAUCUGGUUCCGUUUCUUGGAGGCCUUGUGGGAAGGGUAUGAUAACUCAACGUGGCGUGUUGAGAAAAACACACUAAAACUUAAGCCAAGCAGACACUUUUAUCCAUAGCAAGUCAAGCCCGGUCCAAUGCUGUCCCUACUCCCUAUCACAUCGCCUCCCCUCUGUUCGCAUGCUCUAGACCGGGUGUUCGGCUCGGACGAUGGGUUCAGUGGCAGUCCUGAAGAUUCCAUAAUUAUUAAGUCAUCUCGCUAAAGCCUGAUGCUAGUGUCUGCGGCCACAGUGGGUUCGGAUUGGCGGCAUUCAGGAGCAGACAAAGGGCGGGUCAUAUCGCUUGAGGACGCCUACUGGUUAGGCACCGGACUUUGGGUUGGGAACCCGGUGCCUUUCAGCUGGGCGUGGAAAACCCUGACCGCAUGACCCUGCCAACGCGUCGGAGAGUCGAAGGGACCGAGAAGAGGAGUUAUUUGAUUGUUCACUUUUGUUUUGAGUGCAGUUUAUUUUGGGUGUCUUUGUGCAAGAAAAACGUAAAAAAAAAUAAUAGAUUGAUUACAAUUAAUAAUUCAACAUUUUUGUAAUUUGAAAAA